AUGUCGAUAACCUAUCACCUCGAUCAGUGCCGUAUCCGGACGGGCCGAAUCGUCAGUCCCACCGGCUACGAACCCCAGGAGGUGUCCCUGGUGAUGCACACCCAGGACCCGUCUCACCUUCGCCAACAACACAUGCAACGUGGAUUACUGUCGAAACGACGGCGUCAAUGGAUGGAAUUAACACAGGAACAUCACAAAGACUGGAAGAUGUCGUCGUAUUUUGUGUCCGAUGACUCAGAAUUAUGUGGAUUCUUAUCCGAAUCGAUUGCUAUGGGACACGAGAAGGAUGUGAUUCAGAUAGAGUCGAUGCUGAGACACGAGGCAGUUAUGAUCUUGGUGUUGGACGGGAAUCACUUGCAUGGACCAGUGAUUUUGCAAGAUCCCCACCGCCAUUUCGAUUUCUCACCAGCCAACAACCGUAAAUUCUUGUAUUUCGCGCAACCAAACGAGAAACAAAAACGGACGAAAUGCGGAAAAGAACGACAAUUCGUGAUAGGAAUCUACGAUUUCGAAACCCAGAAAACGGCAGUGAUAACAGAUGAAUCAGUAUGCACCAGACAGAUCAAUGUGGUUCUUUGGACGCCGGACUCGAAAGGAAUCAUAUUCCACAGUGAUGGGGAUUUGUAUUGGCAUCGAUUCGGGGAGUUGUAUGUCAAUAAGAUAUUCGCGAAGAUGCAAAUGCCAAUUGGUAUGUCAUUCUCACCCGAUGACAAGAAGUUGGCUGUGUUCCUUCCCUACAGACCUACCAUUAGCUUCUCGGUUGUGUUGUUCAUGUGGCCAUUCGUGCGCGCCGCCGUCACCUUCCAACACGAAGUCAUCUCCCUUGGCGAAUAUCGCAUCUGGAGUGUACCCGAGAGACCGUGGGCAAACGGCAGCAAAAGCAUCAUAUUCAACGCAAACCAUCAAACCGAGUUGGUCAACUUGUCAUUGUGUACUGACACUCUGAAAGUCAGCAGAUUCAAUUUCCCACGGCCAGCACUGAUUCUCGACGUUCAAAACGAUGAGAUACUUUUUGAGACGGUCUCGGCGAAUAGUUUCUCUCGUUUAUGGAUUUCGGAUAUCGCAUCGACUCAGACAAGUGGACCAGAAGAGACAUACCAAGCGCGUUUGGUCACUUCCCAACGACCGGAACGCGAUGAAAUCUACAAUUUCGAAGUGAAAACGAUUCAUUUCGAUGGUGGCUACUCGGGCAUCCUUUACAUGUGUCCCGAGAGUUUUAUGCCUGGACAGAAGCUCCCAUUGGUGGUGGUGCCGCACGCUGGUUGGGAUCACAAUAUGACGAUUGUAUCCGUCGAACCGCUCCUCUGCACAAUGGUCAACGCCGGGAUGUGCGUUCUCGUCGUCAACUACCGUAAGCCCAUACCCUCCGGCGCCGACCUACAGUACAUGAAGCGUCAAAACACUGGACAACAGGCAAAAGACGUUCAUAAAGCUGUGAAGCAAGUGCUCCGCGAGCAUCCACGUCUUGACGAAGACUAUGUCGUGCUAUUCGGCCAGCAGUACGGUGCCUUCGUCUGCGGAACCAUUAUUCAAGAUGAACCGGAUUUCUACGCAUGUGUGGCAUUUCUGAAUCCAAUUAUCGAGCUUCUGGUGAAGAACGGCCAGAUAAGCGUUUUCCCCCGACCAUUUGAAAUUCCACUUUUUUGUCUAAUGAGGGAUCGUAAUACGUACGGAGUGGAACAUUGCGACCUUCUAGUUGGUGCAGAAGCGGAUUAUGUGGAGGAGUACGAGGCGGACGACCCGGAGUAUCAUGAUAUUAUUGUACGACUCAUUCGCUUUUUGACAGACCCGGAGAGCGCGGUUUUGAAGGGCCGACCGCCAACGCCAGCGGCCACGACCGCCAUGAGAGCGGACAUGGCAGAGGAGGAGGUGCCAGAGGAGGAGGAGGAUUCCCAAUAA